CACUUCCGCUCGCUCCUGACGUCUCUUCCGUUUCUCUUGGCAACAGAGAGACCGUAGAGACGCACAAAAAAGAGCAAGAAGGCAAUUGAACACCGACGAAAUGGGUGAGGAAGUUGAGGCACAAAUGAAGAGGAUUGAAGCCACUAAAGGUGUGAUUGGAACGCUAGUUGUCGAUCCAGAUGGUGUUCCCAUCAGAUCAACUUUGGAUCAGUCCAUGACUCUACAAUAUGCAGGGCAACUUCGACAACUUGUGGCAUUAGCCAGAAGCGCAGUCAGAGAUAUUGACCCUCAGAAUGAUCUCAGCGCCCUCCGAGUCCGCUCCAAGACCAAUGAGAUCAUUGUUGUAACAGAGAACAACUAUCUGGUGAUAGGCAUCCAGAAGCUUCCUGAGCCAGACGUUUCCAUGGGCAUGGGGACAGGUUCUCCCUUGGGACUAGAGUAUCCUGGUUGGCUACAGAAGGAGUGAAGUGAUGGCUAUUGAUGUGUGCACUCUGAAAGACAUGGAUGAGAUGAAUGUUUCAGCUGAGAGAAGAAAAGAAGGAGGCAAAAUAACAAUGUCUGUCCUUGAAGCCAUUUUUAAUCACAUCAUAAGAAGACCACAUACAUUGUGAGGCUGUGCACACUGUCACCACUAGAUGGCAAGACAGCGUUAUUUUUUUCAAUUCACUGGUGACACGUUUAAAUGUCUUGGAUAAAUAAACUAAUACUCGUCUCGAAA